UGUCCCGAAUCUAAGCUGUACUUUUUUAAUGAAUAGGAUAAUCAUCAAGUAGCAAUACGCAUUUUACAUACCUUGAAGAGUCCCCCCCGUGCUCCGAGUUCGGCGGCCCAUCUCCCCCGCCAGUAUCCACCACGUCACCAACUUCGGCUUUGACAGGAGGUUCCAAGUACUCACCGGAGUCUCCGUUCACCGGACACACCUCGUCACCCACAAGUUCAACUACCUCCGCGAACUCCGAAGUAUCCUCCGCCUGAGAGCUCGCCGGGGACCUCCCGUUGUACCUGAUCGGACGCAGCUUCUGCGGCGGCAGAUUUGGACGAUGAUCUCCCAUCAUUGAGUCCUCCGCUGAUUCAAUCAUACCAAUAGCCGUUAAAUCAGGGAAUGGCGCCACAUGAUGAGGGAACGUUUCCCGGCCGCCGUUGAAAAGCUCCAUCUUCACGGAUGAUGUUAAGAAGGAUUGCAUUGCUUGGUUGUACCAUUACAAACGGAAAUCUAUCGUCUUUGUUGGGAUUUUCAGCAAAGAUCCCAACUUGGCCUGCAGUAAAGGUGUCUUCUUCAACAGCUGGGUAUAGUAUCAGAUACAGAGCCAUGUCAGCAUCUGCGAAUUCAACGCCUGUGAAUGUAAUUGCUGAAAAUGAAGAACAAGUUCAAGAAUUUAAACAGCUUAAUGCGGUCAACGAUAGGUAUGGCGGAGUAAUUGUUGAAAUGAGUGAGCCGAUGGACCCUGCAGCCUUUGCUUCGAGUCUUAGAGCUUCAAUUGCACAGUGGCGUCACCAGGGUAAAAAGGGUGUUUGGAUCAAAUUGCCUGUUCAGCAUGUCAAUCUUGUUGAAGCUGCUGUCAAGGAAGGAUUUUGGUUUCACCAUGCUGAGCCCAAUUACUUGAUGCUUGCUUAUUGGAUUCCUGGAGGUACACAUACUCUUCCAGCAAAUGCCUCGCACCGGGUAGGCGUUGGUGCAUUUGUCAUGAAUGAAAAGAGAGAGGUUUUAGUGGUGCAAGAGAACACUGGACGAUUUCGGGGUACAGGUGUGUGGAAGUUCCCUACAGGAGUUGUGAAUGAGGGCGAAGAUCUCUGCACAGCUGCAGUUAGAGAAGUGAAAGAAGAGACAGCAAUUGAUACAAAAUUUAUUGAAGUACUAGCAUUCAGACAAAGCCACAAGUCAUUCUUUGAAAAGUCAGAUAUAUUCUUCAUGUGCCUGAUGGAACCACUUUCUUUUGAAAUCCAGAAGCAGGAAUCUGAGAUAGAGGCAGCUCAGUGGAUGCCAUUUGAAGAAUAUGCAGCGCAGCCAUUUGUCCAGACAAAUGAGCUUUCAAAAUAUAUUGUUGACAUAUGCAAAGCAAAGGAAGAUGGAAAAUAUUCUGGGUUUGUUCCAGUGCCUACCUCAUCACCAUUCUCGGAUGAGAAGAACUACAUGUACUUUAACUAUCGUGACCUCAAUGGCCAGUAAUUCCUGGUUAUGGCUCCUAAAAUUAUACAUGGGCAAGGAUUCAACUUCUAAAAUUCAUAAAUACAUUCUUUAUUUGUACGGGCAUAAUGCUGCUCUGUCAGGUUCUUCCUCUUUAUAUUAUUUCCCUCCUGCUAUACAGCUAAGUGAAUUAUUCAUUCAAUGUCUAAUGUUACUUCUUUCGAAAGCAAAGCUGUAAUAAAUUAAUGUUACCAUUAGUUCAAGAAUUUAUGUCUUGUAUGUUUCUGGCAUUUGAUCAAAGAUAUUUGCAAAGUACGCUUUUGUGAUGUAUUAUGUAUAAGGAUGAAAGCAAUAUUACUUUAAUUUCUGGCAA